UGACCCCUUUUUAAAUCGUGUAAUAAAAAGCAGGUCAUGCUUUUUAACGAAAUAUAGAAAGAAAUUUCAUAAAAUCAGAUAUUUCUAAUAAUACGGAGUAUAGUAUUAUUUCUCAAUCCGAACUCGAGAGACAAAAUGGAUCACGAAGAAGAUAUUGAAGAACAGGACAGAAGUCCCCCGAAGAUUUCCAGGUACACCGAAGCCCAGCCUGAUGAGAUCUCUGUUCCAAUACGAAAUGUGAAAGAGAAUUUUUAGAAACCAUUCAUCUCUACCGUCGACUCCCUUUCUUACUUCUUGGUUGGCGGGGGUGACUGAGGAAAGUUCCAAUUUGGGUAAGGAAAUGCAAGAACUUAAGGUGACACAAGAACAAAAGGGGAUACCCAGAUGGCAGUGUUCACUCUCAUUUUUACCAUUUUUCUCAUUUGAACUGGGAACUAAAAAUUUGAAUAUCCAGAAGGAAGAAAAGAAAUGUAAAAAGAGGAUCCUGGCUAUAAAGAAAAGAAUCGCCGUUCUAGAAAAGCAAAUUAAAUUAAACAAAAAUGAUGCAGAAUCAAUGCUUUUUCCGAUAACUGAGGCACAGCAGAUCCAAAUAGAUUCUAUAUGCAGUCAUACGGAUGAAGAGAGUAUUGUGAUCGACAAAUUUAAAAACCCCAUCCAAGUGAAGGAUUGAGAAUUAUCAAUGCCUCCGCACGCUUCUCAUUCUGGUGUUGAUGGGCAUU